AUGUCAGAACCUCCACCUCCGGCUCAUCCGCCAGCGUCGCCGUCAACAUCACCACCCCCAACAGCAACAGCAACAGCCAGCAAUGGCUUCGUCAACCGCGUCCGUGGAGCGUCCAUGUCGCUCAUCAACGCGAACCCUCAAUUGGGUAUGUGGCAAGCUACCGGCACCGCCAUUGCUCAAGCCCCCAAUCUCACCGAACUCCGCGACGCCGAAUCUGGCGGCGACAAGAUUGAAUUCAACGCCCAAGGUCACUCUACGCGCUAUGCUGUUCCUGACCCAGAUGCAAAUGGUGAAUUGACCCUGGUAAAGACCUCGACACUCACCCGUAGACCCAGUGUACUUGCUGCGACACCAAAGUUCAAACAGGAUUCCUUCAGAGAGGAACCGUCUGUUAUCGCCGAGGAAACACAGGUCGAACAAGGGUCGACAACCGUUGAGCCCGCCAUCACCGAGGCGCCAGGUGAACAACAUGAACGCCAUCAUUUUCAUCUACGCGAAAAGUUUCAUCAUCGACCCGCACGGCGGCAAAGUCUGUAUGAGAAGCACAAAGCUGACGACAAGGAGAAAUGGGGACCGACAAUCAUGAACGGCCUCAAGGCGUUUUGGAAAUUCUUUCUCACACCAUCUGGCUUUCUCAUCACACUUUAUGGUCUCAAUAUAGUUGCCUGGGGUGCAAUGCUUUUCUUCCUAUUGCUCAACACCGCACCCGCUAUGAACCAUCCCAGCGCCAAUGAUAACAACUCAGCACGUAAGAAAUGGAUCGAGAUUGACAGUCAAAUCCUCAACGCCCUCUUCUGCGUAACAGGUUUCGGCCUCGCCCCAUGGCGCUUCCGUGACUGGUACAGGUUUACGCGUUCCGUUUACUGGAAGGAUGUUCCCGCUAUGCAGAAAUUGACCGAGCAGAAUAAGGCUUGGUUUCGACCCCCUGCCUGGGCGACUAAUGAGCAAACGAAACCAACCGACUCAGCUACCGGACUCAAUCGAUCAGCGACUUUUACCGGCGAAAAGGCGCCACCGACACCGCUCUGGAAACUAGGGUUUACGAUCUACAUGAUGGUAUUGAACACGGGUUUGCAAGCUGUGCUUUGCUAUUGGAUGUGGGCGUAUAACCGCAUCAAUCGUCCUAGCUGGGCUACGGGUACUUUUAUUGCCCUUGGCUGCGGUACUGGACUGUUGUCUGGUUUGAUGUCGUGGUGGGAAGGUCGCAAGGUGAAGAAAAUUGAAGGCCCCGAAGUGAAAGUUGUACCUGUUUGA